AUGAUACUAAUAUCCACCACCGGCAAGCGACCGAGGAAUGCGGAUGGGUAUAAAUUAUGGUACUCUGGAGGCUCGAAGGAUAAGAACAGAGUAGAUAUUUUGGUGGACAAGGAACUUAGAGAGACGGUGGUAGAGGUUAGGCGAGUGAGCGAUAGAUUAAUGGCUAUUAAGUUAGUGGUUGGAGGGCUCACUCUGAAUGUCAUUAGCGCUUAUGCUCCCCCAGCGGGCUUGGAUGAGGAGGUUACGAGGCGUUUUAGGAGGGUUUGGAUGAGGUGCUUUGGCUUUGGGGAUAAGAACGGAUGUGUCACUUCUCUGUUGGAUUUCGCUAAGGCUUUUGAGUUGGUGAUUAAGGACUCUAGUAUUUUGAAGAGGGAGGAGCAUUUGGUUACUUUUUGA